CCUCACCUGGACUGAGUGUUCACUUCCGCUUCGCCAGGAACACUUCCCCGUUGGCUCAGUCCCGUCACGGUGACGCUAGAGGCUAUAGUCCUCACUCGGGUCUCCCAUAUUCUUGUUUAUUUAUUAGCAUACUUUCUUUGGCAAGAAGGGAGAGGCUGCGAUGGAGACCAACUUCUUGGUUCUGGUGACCGCGCUCACGUCGCUGGUUCUGGCUCUCGCAGACGUGCCAAAUUACAACAUGAACGAAAAGCUACGUAAGAAAUUGCUCAAAGACUACGACAAGUUGGCCCUGCCGCACCGAGACCAGAACGGAACCACGUCGGUUGAGUUUGGACUCGUCAUCAACGGCGUAAUGAUCGACGAAGCGAAGCAGAUCUUCACUGUCAAUGCCUGGACAAUGUUGCGAUGGCAAGAUCCGAGACUCGAGUGGGACUACAAGGACUACGGAGGCCUCAAGAUGCUCCACAUGGGGGACCACGAGCUCUGGCAGCCGGACAUCACCCUGUACAACAACGCCGAACACUCGGAGGUCGACCACUACGGCAACGUGCACCUCAUCGUCGAACCGGACGGGAAGGUGCUGUGGGUUCCUCCGUCCGUCUUCCACGCAGAUUGCCCCCUGGACUUCACCUACUGGCCCUACGACACGCAGAAGUGUCGGCUGUUCUUCGGCUCCUGGACGAAGAACGGCUGGGAAGUCGACUUUCAAUUGUUCCACAACAGCACUCUCAUCUACCAAGGAUCAUUUCUGAAGUACUCCCACAUAUGGCAGUUCGUGGACGGCAAGAUUAACCGAUAUGUCAGCAACUACGCGUGUUGCCCCGAACCGUACAUCACCAUUGCGGUCGAGCUGAACGUCCGUAGGGUUUCGCCUUCAUUUGCGUCCACGGUUAUUGUUCCUGCGCUGGUGACCUCCCUCCUGACGCUGGUGCAGUUCCUCCUGCCGCUGCGGGAGAGCAAGAGGAUCACCGUCGGCUGCGUCAGCACGCUGCUCACACUCCUCGCGCUCUUCUACGUGGCCAUGAGCGUGCCCAGCCUGGCCUUCUCCGUGCCCAUCAUCGUGAAGUUCUACGGCCAGGCGCUCGUGAUGGUCCUUCUGAGUGUGGGCGCGUCGGCUGUCGUCCUCCGCCUCACCGACGCCCACCACCCGGCUGCCUCGACGCCCCCGCCCGCGCUCCUCAAGACAGUUCUCACCGGGCCCGCUGGAUCCAUCUUGCUCCUGCAGAAGUACAUGGCGAAGGUGGGGCACAGCGGAGGCGCGGCCGACGACGCCGAGGUGCUCGCUGAGGUCAGCCCCGCCAGCUACGCCCACGAGUGGCUCCUGGUCGCCGCCGCCGUCGACCGCCUCGCCGCCUUCGCCUUCACCGCCGCCUUCGUCGUCACCCUCAUCGCCUACAUGGCCGCCCUCUGAGCAGCUCUGCUCUCCCUCGGGCCUCCGCCGGCUGGCUUUCCCUGCUGGCUCCCGCGACGCGUUUGGUUUUGGCAGGAUUGACACGCGCGCGCACAUGCAUAUGCACACAUGCACAUGCACAAUCGCGCGCGCACACACACACACACACACACACACACACACACACACACACACACACACACACACACACACACACACACACACACACACACACACACACACACACACACACACUCACACACUCAC